UGACAAUGAGGAUGAAAGAGUUGGUUUUUAUCAUCAUAUUAAUCAUCUCAGGAGAACUCUAUGCAGAAGCCAUUCAUUUUAAAAUUUUGUGGGUUUGCAUAUCUUAAGUGGAACUUCAUCUACUCUAAACUCAGCGGUCCAAUAUGGUGGCCACUAGCUGCAUACAGCUAUUGAAAUGUGGUUAGUCCAAGUUGGGAGUGCUAGAAACCCUGUGGUCUUCCUAGUGUGGAAAAUGGAAGGAUUGCCUACUAUUACUAUUCUUUUAAAAGCUAUUACUUUCCAAUGAAAAUAAAUGAAAAACUGUUGUUUUCCUGCUUGGCUGGUUAUACAACUGAAACUGGGAAACAAGAGGCAGAAGUCACAUGUACCCGAGAGGGCUGGUCUCCAGAACCAUGUUGCUACAAAAAAUGCGUUAAGCCUGAGUUGAGAAAUGGUUACAUCUCUGAUGUAAAAUUAAUGUACAAAAUUCAAGAGAACAUGCGUUAUAGUUGUAAUUCAGGAUAUAAAACCACUGGAGGAAAGGAUGAAGAAGUAGUUCAAUGUCUUGCUGAUGGAUGGUCUUCUCAACCUACCUGUAGGAAGGAACAUGAAACAUGUUUGGUCCCUGAAUUAGAUCAUGGGAAUUAUUCCACGACGCAGAAAACGUUCAGAGUGAAGGACAAAAUACAGUACGAGUGUGCUACUGGCUACUACACUACUGGGGGAAAGAAGACAGAGGAGGUAGAAUGCCACACAUAUGGAUGGUCUCUCACACCAAAAUGUACCAGAAUAAAGUGCUCUUCUUUAAGAUUAAUAGAAAAUGGUUAUUUUCAUCCUAUAAAGCAAACUUACGAAGAAGGAGAUGUAGUUCAGUUUUUCUGUCAUAAAAAUUAUUAUCUAAGUGGAUCUGACUUAAUUCAGUGCUAUAACUUCGGUUGGUACCCAGCAUCUCCUGUAUGUGAAGGAAAAAGAAAUCGAUGUCCUCCUCCACCUCUGCCUCUACACUCCAAAAUUCAAACAUAUUCAACGACUUAUCGUCAUGGAGAAACAGUUCGUAUAGAAUGUGAACUUAAUUUUGAGAUCCAGGGGUCAGAAGAAAUACGUUGUGAAAAUGGAAAAUGGACAGAACCUCCAACAUGCAUAGAAGAAAAGGAGAAGACAGCCUGUGGGGACCCACCCAUCAUUGAGAAUGGUACAGCAAACCUGGACUCUACGAUUUAUUACAAUGGGGAUAAAGUGGCAUAUGAAUGUAAAAGUGGGUAUCAUCUCCGAGGAUCAACAGAAAUAACUUGUAAACGUGGAAAAUGGACACGUCCUCCUGAGUGUGUUGAAAAUAAUGAGAAUUGUAAGCCACCACCUGAUAUAAUAAAUGGGGCUGUUGUUGGUGGAUUAUUAGCAAGCUACACAACAGGAUCCUCAGUAGAAUAUAGAUGCAAUGAAUAUUACUUACUGAGUGGCGCAAAAGUAUCUCAUUGUGAACAAGGAAGAUGGUCAUCCCCACCUAUUUGCUUAGAGCCAUGUACUAUUAAUGUGGAUUACAUGUACAGAAAUAACAUAGAGAUGAAGUGGAAGUAUGAAGGAAAGGUCUUACAUGGAGAUUUAAUAGAUUUUGUAUGUAAAGAAGGAUAUGACUUAUCUCCGUCAACCUCGUUGUCUGAAUUUUCUGUACAAUGCAAUAGAGGAGAAGUGAGAUAUCCUUUAUGUAUUAGAAAAGAAUCUAAAGGAGUGUGUGCGUCUCCUCCACUUAUUAAAAAUGGAGUCAUAAUUAGGUCAACAUUAGAAAUCUAUGAAAAUGGUUCCUCAGUAGAAUACAAGUGUUUUGAUCACCAUUUUCUUCAGGGGUCUAGGGAGUCCUAUUGUUUAGAGGGAGUGUGGACUACACCACCAUCGUGUUUAGAGCCUUGCACAUUAUCUCCUGCUGAAAUGGAAAAUAAUAAUUUACUCCUGAAGUGGGAUUUUGACGAUAGACCAUAUAUUUUCCAUGGCGAGUAUAUUGAGUUUCUUUGUAAGAGAAAUACAUAUGUAGCUGACCUCUCUAUUUUUGGAUCUGAACUCAGAGUGCAAUGUGACAGAGGGCAGUUAAAAUAUCCAACAUGUAUUCACAGAGAAAGGAUGCUGUCUUAUCAACAACACUUCAGGACAUAAAAAUGUAUGACAGAAAGAAGAAUAGUAUAUCAACACACCGUAAAAUCCUUUAUAAAACAUAAUUUUUAGAAGAAAAAUUACAGACCUCUAAGUUUUAACUUGCUUGAAGAUAUGAAUCUAAGUUGUCUAUGUUGAACAGUUUUUAUUUAUAAAUAAGCCAGAACAUGUUUCCUUUCUAAUUUGACUGAUCUGACAUGUAACCUAACCUUUAUUGCAUGCUUUCCCUCUGUUAAAAAGAUUGAUCCACAUGUUAAAAUAUUUGUUUCCUCAUAUCCAUUCAUUGUGCUAUAUUGUUGCCUUCAAGAUAUUUGUUUUUAUGAUAUUCACUGAUAUUAGAGUUUUCUGGUACUUUUAAUUCAAUCUUUAUGUCAGUAUUCAAGAAUUAAACACACUAGGGAUAAGAAACUAUACAAUAUAGGGGCGCUUGGGUGGCUCAGUCGUUAAACCUCUGCCUUUUGGCUCAGGUCAUGAUCCCAGGGUCCUGGGAU